CAUGGAUCAGCCAAGAUAACCUUUUGUAAAUUAAAACCUAAAGUUUCUAUGGGACAAACUUCAAAUAAGAACUUAGAAUGGAGUUAUUUUUUAAUAUCCUUCAUGGAAAGAUCAAUAUUAGGUUUAUAAUUCGCAUAAGGAUUAAUAUGAAAAUAUAAUAAGCUUGACUCAUAAAUACAAUGAAAUGUCAGAAGAAUUAUUUUGGGGAAAUCAAUCAGAGACUAUAGACGUGCUUAUUUUCAAUUAAGAUAUUGAUGUUAAUCCUGAAAAUGCAUUCAAACUGAUGGGUAAAAAUCCUGUUAUUUCAUACUAUCAUAAUGUUAGUUUGCUUUUUGAAGAGAAGUUUUUCAAGCACAUCUAAAUAAUCUUGAUUUCUCCAAAAAAUAAUAUUAUCUACAAUUUUGAGAAUAAAUCUAUUAUUUCUACUUAUUCAUCUCCCUAUCUUAACGAUUUGCUACGAAUAUUCAUUAAAAAAUACAAACCUCAAGAUUAAUUUAAAGUAGAAAUUGUUAAGGAUUUCUAUAUAAAUAAAUUUCCUCAUAUCUAAGUAAAAGAGCCUUUUUAAAAUUUGAAGCCAUAAACACCUCAAUGUAGAUUAGUUGAUGAUAAAUAAACCAUUAUUUGGCUUGUUGAUACUAAAUGCCUCAAAUAUUAUCUUUGCUUUGAACCUAACUUUAUAACAUAUUAUGGAUAAUUAAAUGAAAAUUACUAGAAACAUGGUAGAGGAAUAUUAUUUCAAACUAAUUGGAAUGAUUAUAAUCCUAACUAUAUAAUAUUAUAAGGAAAUUUUGAAAACGGUAAGAGGAAUGGAAUCAUGCUGAAAUUUAGUUCUCGUAGUCAAACUCUGUCACAUGGACUAGAAUACUUGGAUGAUCAAUUUAUUAAAUAAGUAGAUUUAGAUCAAAAUGGGAAGAUUAAAGUUGCUGAAAUAGUUAAAGUUGAAACCUAAGAUAAACCAAUUUCAACAGCACCUAAAAAGAGAAUAAUAAUAAUGGAAGAAGGAGUUAUAAUAAAUAAUAAAGAAGUAACUCAGAAUGAUAGAUAAAGGGCAUUAAAAUCAGAUAUAUUUGUGAAAUUUAAUUAAUAGUUUAAUUCAAAUGAUGAGAAAAUACUUUCAAACCGUAAUUCUUGGUUAAAUAGCUCUAUAAUAGAUGGGUUUGCUCUAGAUCUACAAAAACAACAUUUUGAAUAAGCUUUUAACAGUAACGACCCAAUUAAGAAUUUUAAUACUUUUGUAAUAGAUUCAACUUAUUUGACAUCGGCUGCAAUUGAUUAUAAAUUAGUAACUUCUUUGAAAGCCUUAUGCUUUGAAUUUAAGGGGCUUACAAUCUUUGAUGUGUUUUAAAAUAUUGUUGUGGUAGUCAAUUCUAACAAUUCUCAUUGGUAUUUGGUUUUAGUGAAGAGAGAGCAAUAGCAAGGUGUUUAUUAAUUGAAAUUUCAUAUUUUAGAUUCAAUGUUAGGUCCAUCAAAAAAAUAUAUCAAUGUUUGUUAAAAGAUAUUCAACUUAUUGACAUUCCACCUUGAAUUAGAUGCUAAUUAUCGAUUUGACUCUGAGAAUAAUAUUUUUGUUGAAGAUGUUUAAUAAUAGAAUGAUGCAAGUUCUUGUGGGGAUCAUACAUGUUUUUUUAUGUAUUAAAUAUUCAAUGGCAACAAUUACAAAGAAAAAAAUAGAAAAUAAAUUGGAGAAAUGAGAGGAAUGUUAUAUAAUCUCAUAUUCGGUCAAUAGUGA